AUGAAGAAGAUCCCGCUGGGAGGAGACAAUGAGGAGAGGUCGUCAGAAACAUUCCUCUUCACCUUUCAGACCCUCGCGAGUUCUACCGAAAAGAUACCUGUUUCGACAUGCGGCGCUGAAAUCCGAUUUUUCCCCAGUAGGGACGCCUGCGCUCUCUGCAGACUCCCAGAACCGUGGCAAGAGGAGGGCGGCUCACCCCCGGCACUUGCCGCUUGCCUUGCUUCUUCCUCUCGCUCUCGUUCUUCCCCGGUUUCGUUGAACUCCUUCGCGAAAUCUGGCGACUGCCUUGCUCAGCUUCGACCGCCCACGCACGCAGCGGAGAAGAGAACAGCCGGCGGCUCGUUUGUGGAAGUUCUUCGAGCAGAAAAGACGUUCGAAAAAAAGUCGAGAGAGAGCCGGGGAGAAAACACUCGCGAGAAACGGCAAGUCGACGAGCAGUCAAAGCAGGGGCGGCCGUCAGGCAGGGCGUGUGGCCGAGGGUCGCAGCUGGAAACGCGUUUCUUGUUUUUCCCCGGAGAUGAAAACGACAAUUUCUGGACGAAAAGCGCGAAGUCGUCCUUCCUGAGGAGGUCUUGA